UGGAGCUGCCCAUCGGCACUGACCUGGCGCCUGCUGCCAAGGUGCUGGGUUACACGGUGCUGCCCAAUGGAGAGCUGGCUGCCGACUGCGCCCGGCUGCAAAUGGCAAAGUGCCUCCCGAACAAGGUGAAGCUGGCCUUUUCGCAGGACUGGGCCCUGCCAGGCUCAGAGCUCCAGCUGCGGGUGCAGGCUGCCUCUGGGUCCCUGUGCGCCGUCCACGCCGUGGAUCAGAGCGUGCUGCUCAUGAAGCCCGAGGCUGAGCUCAGUGUCGACACGGUCUAUAAACUGCUCCCCUAUAUUCCCCAAGGAGACUAUCCCGAUGCAGUGCGAGAGCGUGAGUCAUGUUAUCAUGGGGACCCUGGUAGCUCCGGUGCGGUUCCAUUUCUUAACUGCCGCGUUGGCAGGUGGAGGUGUCGCAGAGGGACUAGCAGCUGGACUCCCCGACUGCCUAAUGCCUACAGCCUGUUUAAGAAUGUGGCUUUGAAAAUUCUCACCAACACCAACACCAAGGAGCCAUGUGAACAUAAACGCUAUAUAACACGUCGUGCUGUCCUAACCUCGGCUGUCGGGCGGGGCCCCGCAUUGUCUUCACUAGCAAGUGUGGCUAGUGCAGCAGGGACCCCAGUGAGCAAUGCCCAGCCCGUGCCAGAACGCUGCACCCAGGAGGAGCCAGUGCCACAUGCGUACUUCACAGAGACGUGGCUGUGGGACCUGGUGCCUGUGGGCGAGGGGGGCUCCAAGGACGUCCCAGUCUCGGUGCCCGACACCAUCACGGAGUGGAAAGCUGGGAUGUUCUGCACAGCGGAGGUCGGCUUUGGGCUCUCGCCCACGGCCACCUUCACGGCCUUCAAACCCUUCUUUGUGGAGCUGGCCUUGCCAUAUUCCGUGAUCCGGGGAGAGACCUUCACCCUAAAGGCCACCGUCUUAAACUACCUGCGGCAGUGCAUCAAGGUGCGAGUGACGCUGGCGGAGUCUGUGCAGUUCCAGGUGCAGGCGGCCGAGGACGGUGCCUACACCAGCUGCCUCUGUGCAGACGAAGGGAAAACCUUCCAGUGGGAGGUGACAGUGAGCAGCCUGGGGGAGGUGAACUUCACCGUCAGCACCGAGGCUCUGCGCACCGAGGAGCUGUGCGGCACAGAGGUGGCCGUGGUGCCGGCCCAGGGGCAAGUGGACACCGUGAUAAAGCCCCUGCUGGUCCAGCCGGGGGGGAUCCCGGAGGAGAAGGCGCACAGCUCCCUGCUCUGCCAGGAAGACUCUGAAGAAAUCUCCUUGCAGCUGCCAGCGAAUGUCCUGGCGGGGUCCGAGCAGGCCCACGUGACUGUCCACGGAGACAUAAUGGGCACAGCUCUGCAGAACAUAGACCACCUGCUGGCCAGGCCCUACGGAUCCGGAGAGGAGAACAUGGUCCGGUUCGCUCCCAACAUCUACAUCCAGCAGUACCUGGAGAAGAGCGGGCAGCUGAGCCCAGAGAUCAAAGACAAGGCCCAGGGAUUCCUCCGGAGAGGCUAUCAGCGCGAGCUGCUCUAUAAGCACAAUGACGGCUCUUACAGCGCCUCUAGGAAGAGAGACGCCAGGGGCAACACCUGGCUGACGGCCUUCGUUCUCAAGUCCUUUGGCCAGGCCAGGGCCUACAUCUCCAUCGACGAGAAGCACCUAGAGGACGCCCUAAGGUGGCUGCAGCGUCACCAGCUGGGGACUGGCUGCUUCCGCAGUGUGGGGAAGCUGUUGAACAAUGCCCUGCAGGACCCCAUGGUGACCAGGGCCCUCCAGUGCCUCCGGGAGUCGAGCACCAGCGACCUCUACACGCAGGCGCUGCUGGCCUACGCCUUCGGGCUGGCGGGGAGCACUGAGCUGCGGGACGCCCUUCUGCAGCGCCUGGCCCAGCACAGCGUCAGCGCCGGGGGACAGCUCUACUGGCAGAGGAAGGUGAAGGCCCUGCCCAGCCCCUAUGGAAACCAGGCCCCGUCGGUGGAGAUGACGGCUUACGUGCUCCUGGCCUAUCUCUCCCUGCCCAACGUGUCUGCUGCCGACAUGGGGACCGCUGUCCAGAUCGUCCGCUGGCUCAGCAAGCAGCAUUACCCCUACGGGGGCUUUGCCUACACGCAGGACAUGGUGGUGGCCCUGCAGGCCCUGGCCAAAUAUGCAGCCCUGACGAACAGCGCGAGCGGGGCUGUGUCGGUGACGGUGAGUUCCCAGGCCGGGGCCCGGCAGCAAUUCCACGUGGAGAACGCCAACCGGCUGGUGCUGCAGCGAGCGGCCCUGCAGGAGAUCCCCGGGCAGUACACGGUGCGGGCCAGCGGCAAGGGCUGUGUCUUUGUGCAGCUGACUCUGCGCUACAACAUGCCGCCCCCAAAGAGCGCCGCGACCUUUGACCUGCGGGUGGAGACGGAGCCGAAGGAGUGCACCGAGACCUCCAGAUCCCGCUUCAGCCUCGUGCUGCACGCCCGGUACAGCGGGGAGCGCCCAGCCACCAACAUGGCCAUCAUCGAGGCCAAGCUGCCGUCAGGAUACAUCCCCGUCAAGAGCUCCCUGCGGCAGCUGGAGAAGCAGCCUUUGGUGAAGUGGCUGGAGGUGCAGAAUGACCAGGUGACGCUCUAUCUGGACCAGCUGACGAAGGAGGCGGCGAAUUUCACCUUCUCCCUGGAGCAGGAUUUCCCUGUGAAGAAUCUCAGAGCAGCCCCAGUGAGACUGUACGAUUACUAUGAGACAGGUGAACACACAGAGGCUGAGUACAGCGCCCCCUGCGGCUCAGCCCCUGACACCAACAUGAUGGGAAAUUCCCAAUGAGGCCCCCACCCCUGCUGGGCAGCCCCCUCCCCUCCGUCCCGAGAGCCCCGCGCCAGCAGCCGACACCCCAGGAUCGAGGGGGCACGGACAGACCUCGGCUCAGAUGCUGCUCUUCCCCAAACCGGCUGCAGUAUCCCCCUUAGCACCUUCUUCAGCCAACGCCUCCCCGUUCGCUCUGCAAACAUCCCACCUGCUCUCCCAUCUCUCAGCCUCCAGACCGGCCCGUGUGAUCCCAGCUGUCUGUCACACGCGGGGACCAUUGGCGGCAGUGGGGACCCCUGGGGUUUGCUGCCCAUCCUGCCCGGAGAGCCAG